AUCACUUUCGCUCUCGGGGACGAAUUUAACGAACCUCGACGCAGCAAACGUCCCCGUCACAUUUCCCCGUUUCUCUUUCCCUUUCCGCGCCCUCCUGACUGUGUGUUGUUGUUGUUGUUGUUGUUGUCUUUUCCCUCUCGAAGAUGGCUUGUAAAGGGCUCCAAGAAGGGGAAACCGUGGCGUCUCUGAAGAAGGAGAGCGAGAGUCUGAAGAAGAAGCUGGACGAGGAGCGGGGGAAGCUGAGCGACAUCGAGUUGAACCAGGUGGCUGAGAAGGUCGAGGUCUUGGGGCCUCUCUGCAUCAAGACCAGACGUGUGCUGAAGGGCCAUGGGAACAAGGUGCUGUGUAUGGACUGGUGUAAAGACAAGCGUCGGCUGGUCAGCUCGUCACAGGAUGGAAAAGUGAUCGUCUGGGAUGCAUUUACUCUUAAUAAGGAACAUGCAGUAAGCCUGCCGUGUACAUGGGUUCUGACGUGUGCUUAUGCCCCCUCAGGUUGUGCUGUGGCAUGUGGCGGAUUGGAUAACAAGUGCUCGGUGUUCCCGCUGUCACUCGACAAAAACGAGAAUUUGUCUGCAAAGAAGAAGUCUGUUGCCAUGCACACCAACUAUGUCUCCGGGUGCACCUUCACCAGCUCCGACAUGCAGCUUCUGACCUCCAGCGGUGACGGCACAUGUGCCUUGUGGGAUGUGGAGAGCGGGCAGCUGCUGCAAAGUUUCCACGGUCACACAGCUGAUGUCUUGUCCCUGGACCUCGCCCCAUCCGAGACUGGGAACACGUUUGUCUCUGGGGGCUGUGAUAAGAAGGCCAACGUGUGGGACAUGCGCUCUGGACAGAACGUUCAGUCUUUUGAGACCCACGAGUCCGACAUCAACUGUGUUAAGUACUACCCCAGUGGAGACGCAUUUGCUUCUGCUUCAGACGAUGCCACAUGCCGGUUCUACGACCUGCGAGCUGACCGUGAGGUAGCCAUCUACCAGAAGGACAGCAUCAUCUUUGGUGCUUCAACUGUGGACUUCUCUCUGAGUGGUCGACUGCUUUUCGCUGGUUACAACGACUACACCAUCAAUCUGUGGGACACUUUGAAGGGAACUCGCGUCUCCGUCCUGUUUGGUCACGAGAACCGCGUCAGCAGAGUCAGAGUGUCACCUGACGGCACGGCGCUCUGCUCGGCCUCCUGGGACAACACCCUACGGAUUUGGUCCUAGAGCUCAUAUCACAGUUGGGAUUCAGUGACAAAAGCAAACCCGUCUGAAAGCAGCACUACUGCAGGAGUGUGACUUAUAAUAUUCAUUAUAACGGUCUUUAUGUCGUUAUAUAAAGACCUAAAAUGUCUCUUCUGAAUGAGAACAUAUCAUCGUAUUGUAACUGUAGUGUGAGUAUUCCUUGAAGGUGCAGUCAAGUUUGGAUUCCUAAUAUUUGUUAUUGUUAGCCUGAUGACCUGAUUGUAUGAAUAUGUAAUUGUUUAUGCUGAUGUAGAGGGAAAUAAUUGUGAGCGUAAAGAGCCGCAUGCGUCUGCUCUGUCAUGUAGAUCUGCAGAAAAUAUCAACGAUAUAUAUAUAUAUAUAUAGAAUUAUCCAAAGGAAGACAACUUCAAUGUAGACACCAAUGUUGUUGUUUUUAAUAUACGGAGUUGUCAACAGCUUAGAUAAAUUACUUGUGAAAAAAAUUAAAGAGAUUUUAAUUAUC